UUGUUGUUGCAAUAGUUAAUUAUUUAAUUGUUGUUAACACUGGUGUAAACUUCGUUAACUAAUGAAGACAUGGUUUCAAAUACAUUGUUUUCUUUCGUGGCUUGGUGAUUCACUCUGUUAGAUCAGAUAUCCCAAGGUAGCAAUCUCAAAGAAUGGUUAAGAAUCAUUUCAAUGUUCUGGGUAUUCAACCUGGAGCUAGCGAAGACGAAGUUAAAAAGUCGUUCAGGUCUUUAGCCAAAAAAUGGCAUCCAGACAAAAAUAGUGCAGCUGGUGCAGAAGAUAAAUUCAAAGAAAUUGUCGGAUCAUACGAAUAUCUGUUGAGCAAAGACAGGCGGGAAAUUCUGGCACGGGAUCUCACCCGACCUAAGGAGGAAAAAAACCCCACAGCCGACACCAAAAAAUACACAUCUUCUUUCAGCUUUGCUCAGACAUUUGGAACCUCUUACAGUGGCGGGAAGACAGCCCCUAAAAAUGGUGAGAAGAAGAAAUUUUCGUCGAAAACACAAGAUUCUCAGUGGAGUAAAUUCUUUGGUAAAGACAAGCCGAAACAGAAGAAGACAGAACAAACAAAGUGGUCUCAACCCAGUACAGAAUAUGACCAUGAUGACACUUUCUCUCAACCUUCAACGUCUGGUACAAACAAAAAAGAACCAAAACCUAAUUACUCAAACGCCUUCCGGUCCUUUGUUGAUCAUUUAGACAAUGAGUUUGAUACGUUGUUUGGCAGUCGGGAUUCCUUUUCCACUUUCUUCGAUGGGCCGGAUGCAUUCACAGCAUUUUUUGGUGAAGCACCUUAUCCCGAGCAGAAGUCUAAAUUUAAAUCCAAACCUAAAGCGAAAGCAGCACCUAGAAACGUUGCCCCAGAAAGGGGUGCUACUGAUGGUCUGGAUGAAGAGUAUCUGUUCUCUCCACGCAGUCCGGGUAAACCGAGAAAGCCGAAAAGUCCGUUCAGAUUCAGUAUGGACUUCGAUGAAGAGGAACGCAUGAAGAGUGGCUAUAAAGAACGUUGUAUUUACUGUGGAAAACCAUUUCCUCUUCACAAGCUGAGUGCUCAUGAGGCGAGGUGUGGAAAGUUUCCUGACAGUUCUAGUGAAGAUGAGAUGUCUUACUCGUCUGACGAGGGAUACGGGCAGUCGAAACACCCAGGCGACUGGCGGGCCGCACACCGCGAUCUACUGAACAAAAUACGCAAAGACAAGGAAGCUGCUCGCAGGAGGGAGUCAUACGAAAAAGAUGCCGUGAUCCAGUGUCCGACAUGUGGUCGCAGCUUCAGUAAGCUGGCUGCCGAGCGACACAUUCCGUUCUGUCUGGAGCGCUCCAAGAGGAAGGACCCCGCCUGGAAUAGCCCUGGGAGGUCCACCACUAACGACGAAUACACCAAGUUCCAGAGAUCACAACAGACUGCUAGGAAUGGCUUUAAACCACCAGAGAACUCUAAGACAUCUGAUGACACGGUGCGGGGUUCCAGUGACAGAGCCCGACAGAACAAAGAGUCAUGGAGUCGUGAAAAAUCAAAUCCCACCAAACAUGUCCCGGGUUCUAGCCAGACGUCAAAACCAGCAGAAGACAAACCAAGCACCAGUAAAAACGCAGAUGACGCAUCAUUUGGAAUCCACGGUUUGGGUUCAAGUCCGAUCAGAAAGGCUCGGGUUGCACAAAUUGUCAGAGGAAGUUUGGUAAAAAUGCCAAAUUCACGUGCAGUUGUGGAACAAAAAAAGUAAUAUGAUUUCCAUGAACAUGUAAAUGAGUGAAGCAAACUGAUGCCAAAUACAUGUAUACUAUGUUGCAGUGCCAAAUGAUGUAGACCCUAGAUGCAGAUUUGAUCAGCAAUGGGUCUAAAAGUCACUCAGACUGUAUGCAUCUAUAUACAAAACUUUUUUGACCAAGGGCUGUCAUACGAUAGUAUUCCAAACACGGGUGCAGAAAGGGUAGAUAUUUAUCUAGCCCGCCGGACCAGAACAAAUUAAAAUUUACUAGCCCACCAGAAUUUCUACUAGCCCGCUAGUCUAUAGGAACAAUAUAUUAUUAACAAUAUUAUAUUAUAUACAGUGUCUUCACUUCAAAUGAUAUAUAUAUAUAGAGAUAUAUUGAUAAAAGAUUCAGAACAUUUGGUAAGUGGUUAACAUCGAACAUGGGAAAUGAAAUCAAAAAGACAGACACACCGUCGGACUGGUAGUUGCAUUAUUUAACUCGUCCGUCAGAAUUUUUAUUCGCAUUUGGCGAGUGGGUGAGUACUUUCUGCAGCCCUGCCAAAGUACAGUAACAUGCAUUAGAUAUAGCAAAUCCACCCUAGAACAUUUAGCCAUUCAGGAUAGUACAUGUUCUCUGACAAAAAGAAAUACAGCAAAACCCCUCUAAACCAGACAUCCAUUGGGAUCAAGUAAAAAGUCUGGUUUUAAGAGGUUUAUCAUUUAGAUAGGUUCUGUACUGUACUGAUACAGUGUGCGAGAUUAAAUUUUUUGGCCAGUAUCCCAUUUGGAUACUAACAUUUCAAAAUCUGGUAUCCCACCAGAGAAUUUAGUAUUAUAUGGCAUCCGGUGGGAUACUGGGUUCUUGAAGUCUGGUAUCCAAAAUUAAAUUCUGGUAUCCCCGGGAUAUCGGGAUACCAUUAAUCUGGAACACUGGUGAUAUUAAAAAAAGGGACCGUGAAAAGCACCUGGUGUUGAAUUCUGGUUUACAGAAGGUCUAGCUUUAGGAGGUUCCACUGUACAUUGUUUCAAUUAUCCAAUAACUUUACAUUUUGAGGACAUUUGGAAGCUCAGAAAAGGGGCUAUGCACCCUUAUCACCCACCCCUUUAAUCCAUGUCUACCCUUUACAUCCCCACACCCUCGGUACUGAAGUUCCUUUGACUGAAUUUCUGCGUGAAACUGGUUUCAUAAUAUAAUACAGAGAUGAUAGAAUUUUUUAUUCUGGAGUAUUGUCAAUAAAAUUAAAAAUUGUUUUCAAAAGAAAAAAUGCACAAGGGUCAAAGUAGACACAUAUGCAGACUAGAAAGUGCAUUUUAUUUUGUAGGGCAUAAGGAAGGGAUUCAUUGAAUAACUCACUUUUGUACCACUUUGGGUUAAAAAAGCAAAUAUUCGUUAUUGGCUUUGACAUUGAGUAUUUUUACAUGCCCCUAUACCACUACGGUUUCAGGCAUGUCCAUCCUGGGUCUGGUCUCUGGAUAGUCGUUGAUCUGACACAGGACAGAAUCAUUAUUGGUAUCUUUAGUAUAUGUCUACAUAUUAAGGAGCCAUCCACA